GAUACUGUCGCUUUCCCGCUGGUCAUCAUCCUCUUGUUCUGGAUUAUCUCCCUGAAGUUUGACACGGCUACAGUUGGCUCCUCUUUUAGAAUGCGAGUUUUUACUUGAGCGCUCCAGAAAAUCAUCUUUGUGGUCAGUUUUUUUUUUCGAUCGGAAGGAUUGUUUCACAUCGACAUCAAUGCCAGACUCAGCAGCCAUGAGCAGAAACGGACUUGUGACAAAAAUCCACACGAGGAUAAGAAGUGACCCCUUCACUGCUAACUACGACUUGGUGGGCAAGGAGCUGGGGAGGGGAAAGUUUGCUGUGGUGAAAAAGUGCAUUGAGAAAGCAACAGGGCAACAGUAUGCGGCCAAGUUUCAGCGAAAGCGACGGAAGGGCCAGGACUGCCGCAUGGACAUCCUCAACGAGAUCGCCGUGCUGGAGUCGGCCAAGUCAAACCCCUUUGUGGUGGCACUCCAUGAAGUCUACGAGACGAGCACGGAAAUCAUCCUCGUUUUGGAGUGCGCCGCCGGUGGUGAAAUCUUCGACCAGUGCGUCGCUGAUAAUGAUGACGCCUUCACAGAGAAAGAUGUGAUCCGGCUGGCCAAGCAGAUCCUGGACGGUGUGGCCUUCCUGCAUCGGAACAAUGUGGUGCACCUGGAUCUGAAACCCCAGAACAUUUUGCUGACAAGUGCCAAACCCCUCGGGGACAUCCGAAUUGUUGACUUUGGCUUGUCCAGAUGUAUGGACAACAUCACAGAAGUCAGGGAAAUCCUGGGCACACCAGAGUAUGUGGCACCAGAGAUCCUGAACUAUGAACCCAUUAGCACAGCUACAGACAUGUGGAGUAUCGGGGUCUUGACCUACGUCAUGCUGACGGGAGAGUCUCCUUUUCUGGCCGAUGACAAGCAGGAGAUUUUCCUCAACAUCUCCCAGGUCAACGUAGACUACUCAGAGGACACGUUUGAGGGGAUCUCCCCGCUGGCUGUUGACUUCAUCAAGUCUUUGCUGAUCAAAAAUCCCAGGAAGAGAGCCACGGCAGAGGAAAGCCUGAACCACCCCUGGCUGAACUCGCUUCCUCAUCCCCAUUCCCACCCGCACCUCAGCCCUAGCCCGACCUCCUCCUUGGACGAACCGGAGACAAGCCUGUCGGAGUCAGAACCGGAGAGCCCGGCCCCUUCACCUGAGCUGGACUUGAUCGACUCGUACCUCACGUGCCCGGGCCAGGGUGAGCUGAAGACGGGGCGUGACGCCUUCUCAUUCAGCGAUCCCCCCUUUUCCACACGGACUGAGAUAAAGCAGGAGCUCAUCUGCUGAGAGACGCUUCACAGGUGGAGAGAUAUUGAAUGAACUCAAACUCUGCCUGCAGCGCCUGCAGCUUUUUGGUCCUGGUCUGACUCAGAGCCAUGCUUUACAGAGGCUGUAUGCCUGCUGCGGGCUGCUUCUACUGCUGUGAUGUCUGAGUGUACUUUGAUACCUCUGAUUGUGUGUUUUUGAGUAAUACACACCACUCCGCGCUCUUUUAUGAUUGCACGGAAAGAAUGUAAGAGGACUGAAGAUGCAGUGCGACUUUGUUGCAGGACUGCACUACUGCCUUAAAAGUGACAGAACUGAACUGGGCUCAGCAUUACAUAGCGGCUAGGUCACGGCAAGCACGCUGGUCUCUCUUUUUACCCAAUUAGCCUUCACAACCAUCUCAGAGAGUCUGCAGCUUUAUGAGAAAUGACUUCACUCACUGUGAUCAUGACAAGUGACCCAGACAUACCUUCUGUGAUGAGUUUAGUCGGAGGAAGUAAAGAGAUUUGACAGAUGGUUGUACUUAAUUCAAAGGGCAGCACCUUUGCUGAAGCCACAAGUUUUCUAAUCCACUGUUUUGUGUUUAUUUAUGAGUGUUUGUUGUACCACAUCAGCUCCUUAAAGCCACAUACAGUGACAAGAAAAAGUAUGUUAACACAGCACUAUGAAUGCUUAGUAGUUGUUGUGUUCAACAACGACAUGAAAUAUUUGGUUAAGCACAUUGUUUUUGUCUAUACUUGUGAUUUAGAUACCGAUCAGAUCACAUUUAUGAAGAAAAUUAGAUAACUUCAAAAGGUUCUCAUACUUUUUCUUGCCAAUGUAAAUGCCUGAGUUUAGAUGGAAAUUGUUGCAUUUUUAUUUAAAGGACAAUCUUCAGCACUUUCUAUUUUACUAUUGGAUUUCCAUCAAAUUUUAAAAAACCAAAGGCUCACCAAGCACAGCCAGCUCUCACUCAGUGUGUUGUACAUAUUCAUCAUUUUCCAUUACAAACUUUUGGGGACGUUACUUUUUGUCACAAAGUGCCACUUUGCAACCUCACAUCUGUGUUAAUAGUAAACUUAUUUUUUGUUCACUUGUUUUUGUUUUUGUUUUGUUUUUUUUCUUUUGCUUUUGCACAAGUUGCACAAUUUUCUUUUUGUACUUAAUGCAAGGUUGCCACAGGAUUUUUGUGCUCAUUAAAACAUCAGUCUUGGAAAGAGAUGAGUGAAGUUAAAGUAAAGUUUUGUGAUUAUUUGAAGGGCUCAGAUUUGUAAAAUUAUGUGAUGUGUUUGCCUUCAAAUGUUUGGGAGCAAAAAUGUUCAGAAGAACUUCUUAUAAAGAACUGAAAUGUCUAUUGUGAGUUAGUAUUAAGAUAAUAGAUAAUUUUUUUUUUACCAGUGUUUGAAUGUUAACAUCAAUAAAAAUGUCUUAUUUUGUACAUUAACUUGUACUUAUUCCUGUUGUUUUCUGCUAUUGAUUUUCAGGCAGGUUUGCACUUGUCCUUGAGGACGUUUUGUUGUAAUAAAUAAAUGAUGAUGGCAUGCAUUGCGAAAUGUAAAGAAAAAAAUACAGGUGCAUUUUGUAUCAAA